AUGGCCCAACCCAAUCCUUCAAGACCCAAUCUCUCCUUCCCAGGCUUCUACCCAAGUAGUAGUAAUUCAUUCAAAGACUCAGAGUACAAGUGGAAAGCUGGCAAAAUAGAUUUUAACUCCAAACUCUUCGCUGUCCCCGAAUCAUCCACAGAAAAGGAAGUCAUUCGCACAGAAAUUAUUAACUUGAUUGACAGCCUUAAGGGGGAAUCAGGAGUUCUGGAAGGAAAUUUACUCAUGACGGAGGUCCAAUUCAUGUACCAUCAAAUGUCCUGGGAACGAGAGCUGCGUUGCGACCGAAAGCCUCGUGCUUCUUGA